AUGAGCGGUACCAUCGCCACCUCCACCCCGACGGCGGGCUCCACAACGGGACCGUUCAAGACGCACCCAACGACUACAAAAGCUUCAGCCGCUGACCAAGGAAGCACUCCAGCGUCGUCGCCAUCUUCGCCGGAAUCUGCGUCCGCCGCCCAAAACAAUACACCAGACUUUGUGAAACCUACAUGGAGUGUCACAGAGGAGUUUGCUCCCUUCAUAGUUGCGAGUUCACUGGCUGACCCAAGUUUAUCUUUCUAA